CUUAAACGCUCCAUUUGCCGCCUUUCAUUCUCGGAAAACACACAAAAACACCAAUCAAUAUUCUGCACAGUCCAUCAAUAUGGGAGUUGACGUUCCGACAUCUGACAGUCUUAAUGACCUCUUCAGCCUUAAGGACAAGGUCGUCGUCAUCACCGGUGCCUCCGGUCCGCGCGGCAUAGGUAUCGAAGCCGCUCGCGGGUGCGCGGAGAUGGGUGCAGACGUUGCUAUCACCUAUGCCUCUAGAGCUGACGGCGCUUUGAAGAAUGCCAAAGAACUCGCAGAAACGUACGGCGUUAAAGCAAAGCCGUUCCAGUGCGACGUGUCCAAAUAUGAGGAUACUGAGAAACUGGUGAAGGACGUUAUUGCUGAGUUCGGCAAGAUUGAUGCAUUUAUUGCCAACGCCGGGAAAUUGGCUGAUAAGACCGUACUCGAUGGCUCUGUCGACGACUGGUACGGUGUUAUGAACACUGAUCUGAAUGGCUCAUAUCACUGCGCGAAGGCAGUCGGUCAGCAUUUCAAGGACCGUGGCACCGGAAGCUUUGUUAUCACCGCUAGCAUGUCUGGCCAUAUUGCCAACUACCCGGCCGCAUACAACACCUCUAAGGCGGGCUGUCUGCAUCUGGCCCGCUCGCUUGCGAAUGAGUGGCGCGGUUUUGCACGCGUGAACAGCGUCUCGCCUGGAUACAUGGACACCGGUCUAAUGAAUUCGGUCGAUCAGAAAACCCAGGAUCAGUGGAAGUCGAUGAUUCCCAUUGGUCGGUAUGGUCAGGCGAAGGAGUUGAGAGGUGCUUAUGUUUACCUGUGUAGUGACGCCAGCUCGUACAUGACCGGCUCCGACAUGCGCAUCGACGGUGGCUACUGCAUAUGGUAGACAAUGGUCAUACCCAAUUGUAUCUAAAGAAUCUUAUUAGAAAAUGAAUGCCUGCAUGGCCCUUUUGUUACUCACUAACGGUCAC